GGAGGACGGAGCCCAGGCCCGCGCGGCCGGGGAGAAGCCGGGGGUCUCAUCCCGUCGGGAAUGAAGGGAAGUGCGGUGGCCGUUUGCUCGCCCGGACCGCCAGGAGGGCCGCAGAUGGUCCGUGAACAGUACACUACAGCCACAGAAGGCACCCACGUGCAGAGGCCAGAGAACCCGUGUGUCUACAAAAUUGGCAUUUAUGGCUGGAGAAAACGCUGCCUCUACUUAUUUGUUCUCCUUUUACUCAUCAUCCUCCUUGUGAAUUUUGCUCUCACGAUUUGGAUUCUUAAAGUGAUGUGGUUUUCCCCGACAGGAAUGGGUCACUUGCGUGUCACAAAGGAUGGUCUUCGCCUGGAAGGGGAGUCAGAAUUUUUAUUCCCAUUGUACGCCAAGGAAAUACACUCCAGAGUGGAUUCAUCUCUGCUUCUGCAGUCAACUCAGAAUGUGACCGUCAACGCACGCAACUCUGAAGGGGAGGUCACAGGCAGGUUAAAAGUGGGUCCCAAAAUGGUAGAGGUCCAGAGUCAACACUUCCAGAUCAACUCCAAGGAUGGCAAGCCACUCUUUACUGUCGAUGAAAAGGAAGUUGUGGUUGGUACAGAUAAACUUCGAGUAACAGGGCCUGAAGGCGCCCUUUUUGAACAUUCAGUGGAGACCCCACUCGUCAGAGCCGACCCAUUUCAGGACCUGAGAUUAGAGUCUCCCACACGGAGUCUAAGCAUGGAUGCCCCAAAGGGUGUUCAUAUUAAAGCUCAUGCUGGGAAAAUCGAGGCCCUAUCUCAAAUGGAUAUCGUUCUCCAAAGUAGUGAUGGAAUGCUCGUGCUUGACGCUGAAACCGUGUGUUUACCCAAGUUGGUUCAGGGGACUCAGGGCUCUGCCGGCAGCUCACAAGAACUCUAUGAAAUCUGUGUGUGUCCAGAUGGGAAGCUUUACCUGUCCGUGGCUGGCGCGGGUACGACGUGCCACGAAAGCAGUCACGUCUGCCUCUAAACCACCUGCAUCUUCCACCGAACGCCUGCCUCAUGUCCGUGAGCUUUACGGUACCGACCUCAGGCCUUCACACUGAGCAACUUAACAUCCUAUAAAACCGAGAUGGUGGAUGGGAAGUCGGAGGACGGAAAAACGUGCCAACGGAAGUAGGAUGCAACUACGCGCUCUCAGAAUGGUGUCUACUUAUGAGACACAGACGUCUAGCAACAGCAAACAAGGAAAUGUUUGUUCCACUACAUUUAUUUUCAUCAGAACCGCUGUGACUUUUCCUUUUCUUCCUUGUAGAUGAUCUACAGUGAAAGAUUGAAUUGCUGUGUGGAAUUAACUUAGGCUGUUCAGUUGUGAAUGUCUAAUUCCCCACGGAAACAGCAUUGGUCUAAAUGCCCCCAAAGUUCAAUGUGGUCCCAUUAUAUCACUCAAACCCACACACAUUUUAACGCACAGCGUGUCAGGUCUCACGAGAAAAUCUUCAGGUUUUAAGGGGACUUAGGUGGAUCUGAUUUUCAACAUGUAGUCAAGGGAAUAAAUUCUACAAAAUCAAUCAUGUUUUCUUUAUACAUAGUCAACAAGCAAUAAAAAUCAACCUACAUUUUCACAAA